AUCUGUGUGCGAACAUAAAUAAUAAAAUAAAAAUAGGUAUUGUUGAAGGAAUGAACUAUUUUCAAAACAAUGGAGAGUCAUGAAACAGGUGUUGAAUUUAUAUUGGAGAGAGUUAAUGGGUCGGAUACAAUUGUUCUUGAUGAACACGUGCAAACUUACACGUGUGGCAGAGGCAAGCGAAAUCAAAUUGUUUGCCUCAGCCUUUGGGUAUCCCGUGAACAUUGUCUGUUUAUUCGAAAUCAAAAUACAUUGAAUGUAGUUGAUUUAUCAAGCUCUAAUGGUGUCUUUGUCAAUGGGGAGAGAAUACCUGCAAAGCAGAUGAUGACGUUAAAGGAAGAUGAUAUUAUUGGUAUUGGUUCUCCAACUAUUGAUCCGACAGAUAUAACGAUGUUUGUCUAUGUACUCCGUGUAUCAAGACCCAAACUCUCAUCCAUGGAGAACAGUUCAGAUACUCUAACAAGAACUGUCUUGAACACCAAUAAUAGUAGCGUACUAAAUUCAGAUGAUGUAGCUUCUGAAAAGAAACAAAGACGAAGAUCCUUCCUGGAAAACAGCAGUUUAUAUUUACCACGUAAAAUAGCAAAAAUGAACUCUUCGGAAUUAUGUGGUGACGCUAUUCAACGUGUAUUGGAUGAAUCAGAAAUUGAUGUAAAAAUUGAAAUACGACCAAUCACUCCAGUAUUGCUGUCAAGUACUAAAGAAGAGAACAAUAUUGAUGUCCAUCUAUCAAUUCAUUCUCUUACGAACAGUAUUCAUGAACCGAACAAUGAUAAUCAAAAAGAAAACCUGCCAACUCCUAUAUUAAUGGAGUGUGAGGAGAAGAAUAUUUCAAUGACUACUGAACUAUCAAAUGGUAUGAAGGAUUGUAUAGAUGUAAAUACAUCGUUGGAAAAUCUAUCUAAUUUUUCAGCACCAGAAAUCAAGGAAAUACCUCAAACAAUCCAUAGUCCAUUGACUAAAAAUAACUAUCCAACAAAAUAUUGCUUUAAUAUUGAUAAAAAAAAAUUAAUAAGUAAUAAAACAUUAUGCAAAAAUGAGACAGAACCAACCAAGGUAAAAGAUAUCACUAAUUCAAAUCUCAUAAAUAUACAAAAGAAUUCCUCUACGAUUAAUAAACGUUCAUCCAAUGGUGGUUGUAUAUCAAUGCAAAAAUCGACAACUGCAUCAGAACACAAUGACAGUUUUGAAAAUGAUAUAAUUGUGUUGGACGACACUGAAGAUGAAGAAUUGCAUACAAACAAAAGUUCUCAUAAUGUUACAACUACGACAAACGUACAAGCCAUAUACAACAAUGGUCCAUGUUCUUCUAAAAAUUCUUCAUCAACACUAGGAAAAUCUAUAAAAGCCAGCAAUAUUCAUUCAUCUACCAUUGCAUCAAAUAAUUUAUUACGCGAUAAUCAAAUGGAAAUAUUGCCCAACGAAAAAUCAACAAUUGCUGAACCAUCAGCUUCCUCUAAUGGUAUCACGAAUAUAGAGGUCACGCCUAUUAAAAUGGAAAUAGAAUUUCAACGAUUAAAUAAUGACUAUCACACGCCAGUCACAUCCCCUUCAAAAAAUAGUCCAGAGAUUUUCGUCACAUCACCUAUUAAAGUCCGACAACUAAAGCAUGAACAAACUACAACAUUCUCAAUGUCUGACGUCGUGAACCUGACCGACGACGAAGAGGACAUAUUUCCAUCUUCUCAAUUGUUUGAUACAACUACUGAUGUGCAGUUACCAAUUAAAGAAGAGGUCAAAGGGGAAGUUGACGAAUUAUUCCAGACACCUUACGAUACUGAUUCUAUAAUCUUAUUAUCAGACAGCGAAGAUGAGGAUAAUCCUUGGCUCCAGAGACUCUCAAGAAGUCAAGUACUUCUCGAAGUAGAUGAACCAGCCCUUAAACCUGCUGAAACCAAGAAAAGACUUAGUGAUCUCCAAAUCACUGAGAUAUUGGACAGCAAAGAUCAAGAAGGACAACCAAAGAAGAAAACUCAUAAUGAUGAGAAUAAGAAAAAUAAAAUCAAUAAAGCUAAGCAUAAAUCGCAUUCAAAGAAACACCGAAAGAAAGACGCUAUGGAAGUGGAUGCUGCUGUACCUGAUGAUAUAGUUCCACCGGAAACAUCCGAGAAUAAAAAUCUUGAUCAUAAGAAGCACAGGACACAUGAAAAGAGAUUAUCAGAUAAAUUGAUUAGAAAGGAAGUAAGGGCAGGUGAAUCUCCGCAGUCUUCCAACAAGGACAAAAGUUCAGGAUGUAAAGAUACUCAUCCUCAGGAUGACCUUUGUUAUGAUAAUAUCCUAACAAUUGGAACCAAAACGAACUUAAGUACCACGGAGAAAUUGAAAUCAACUCCAUUAAAAUUAAGUUCACUUGACAAGAAGCCACCCGAAAUCAUUGCACCACCUAAUUUACCUAAAGGCGAAGGAAAAGGUUUUAGUUGCAAUGUACAGAGAAGUACAACUUCAUCAAGUGUAACAGUUGCAGCGACAACAUCAACAGUUGCUGAAAAUACUUUGAAUACAACAGAAAUUAAUACUGUCGCUAAGACAACAUCACAAGUUAAACUGUCGACCAAGGAAAAGAAGGAAUUAUUGAUUCAGAAGAAACUUGAAAAGGCAAAUUAUAUGAAGGAACAGAAACAUCGUAGAGAUAAAUACAAAUGGGCUGAUUGUCUUCCAGUGAGCAAUAACAAAAAAUCGCUGUCACUUUCAAAGGCUGAAAAAUUAGAAAUUAUUAAUGAUAGAAAGGCAAAGCUAAAGAAAUUAGCGGACGAGAAGAAAGCUGACGCGAAGGACUCUAAGCCUAAGCGACAUAUUAUUAACAAACCAAAAGCAAAGAUAUCGCAAAAAACCCGUGGCGACUUUCUGAUACAACCACAAGAUGCUGAUAGGGAAUCCAGGGGUACUGAUAUAACGAGUUCUUGUCCUACAAAUAUUGCUAGUGAAUCAUCUACGAGCACUGAUAAGCGCACGAGUAGUACAGUAGAAGAAACACAUGUUGAAAAAAAUUUACCAGCUAAAUUAGCCUCUGAAAAAUCACUACGAAAAGAUUCAGAUAAUCCAUCAAGAUCAUCUGUUCCUGGUGACAUAGCCAAUGUAGCAUUAAAUCUUCGUGACUCACUGACUCUUUCCAAGUGUCCAACUACAGAUAUUAAAAAAGCUCAUAAACAAAAAGUCUCUCAUGAAUCAUCUCCAAGUGCAACUACCUCAACAAAGUCUAUAUCUAUAACAGAUAGAACGAAAAAUCUAGCAGAUACUAGAAAUAGAAAAACUAAAGACUGUUCGGAAACCAUACAGAAGGAAAAUUGUUCACCAAAUGCAAAAAGUUCAACUGUAAAGAAUAAGAAUAAGAAGAGCGUCCAUUUUAGUACAGAACUAGUGCAAGUAAAGUAUUAUGAAAUUGAGUCAUUUAAUACUUUGAAUAAGGUGGUAGGAAAAGAUGCUCCGAUACCUCAAAAAAAAUUAGCCGUUAAAACGAACAACAAUGCCACUCAACCCUGUCCAAAACUGGAGGAAUUUUUACUACAGAUUUUCAUGUGGAAUCCAGUGUGGCUUGAGGAACAAAAGCGUUUCAAGAUUGAUCCACCAGUAACGGGCACCAAAGAAUUAAUUCCUUUAUUAACGUCAUACAAAUCGUUUGAUGAAUAUUACCGAAUCAUUAUGCCUCUCUUAUUACUAGAAAUAUGGCAUGGUAUCACAAAGGAAUUUGAAGUUAUCGAUAAAAAUCCAAAACGUCCAACAGUGAUAUGUUCUAUAGUAAGCAAUUCAGCAUCGAGUUACCAAAUUCCAUCAUCAAAAUUAUCCUUAACAAAUAUGAUGCUUGAAGUACUUGCUACGAAAGAGGAUAUACAUAAACAAGCGCACCCUAUUUAUGGGGAUUUAGUAUUCUUUGAAUUAGGUUAUACAGAUAAGGGAAAGCAUAGAUUUCAUAAAGUUUUUGCAUACGUAACAAAUGUUUAUCAAACUGUUUUGACACCACAGACGUAUUACAAUCGAGAUCUGGUCAACUACGUGAAGAAUCCAUAUGCUCUUCUCACUUAUACAGUAAUGACAAAACCACUGGAAGUGAAUGUUCAUGCAAAUCGUGCUCAAAGGUUACGUAGCAUCACUUAUUUAAGAUCUGACAUAAGAAUGAUACAGGCAUUACAGUAUCUUCCUUCUUCGCCAUUACUCAGUGCAAUAUUAAAGCCAAAGGCAAAUGACAUGAGCCAUUCAACAGUUCUAUCAAAAUUGAAGAACUAUCCGUUGGUUACUAAAGAAAAACUCAAUCACAAGCAACUAGAAGCUGUGAUUAAAGUAACAGAUGCAAUAGUGCAAAAGGAAGCAAAAAUAUGUCUGAUCCAAGGACCCCCAGGUACGGGGAAGUCAAAGGUCAUUGUAAAUAUUAUAACCCAAGUGCUGUAUGGUGAUAAUAGAUACAAGAACAACAGAGCUCCUCUCAGGAUUUUAGUCUGUGCUCCAUCCAAUGCCGCCAUUGAUGAAAUUGUUCUGCGUCUCUUGACUGUUCGAGCUAAAUUUAAACAAGAUCGUUUUAAAAUGGUGAGAGUUGGUCGUAUAGAAACUAUGCAUCCAACUGUUAAAGAAAUUUCUGUACCGGAACUUGCUAGGCGAGACAUAAAGAAAAUAGCUUCUACUUACUCAUCAAGCGCAUAUUCAAUGGAUAGCGUAGAGGAAGAGAAACGAAGUCUGGAAGCAAAGGCAAAUGCAUUGCGCAGCAAGUUGACGAGUUCUCAGAAUCAGGAUGAGAAUCACCUAAAAUACCUAAAAAUGAAGCUUAAUGGUAUUACAACAAAAUUAGACAUGCUCAAGUGCCGAAAGCCUGUGAAUGAAAUGGACCGUACAACUUUAGCAAAGCUACAACGGGAUGCUGAGACAACGAUCUUGUCUGGAGCCGACAUAAUAACGUGUACCUUGUCCUCUUGUUACACAAAUCAAAUGGAAUCGAUAUUUGGUGGUAACAAAGAAAGAAUAUCUGUAUGUAUUGUGGAUGAAGCUACCCAAUCUAAUGAACCACAAACGCUUAUACCAUUGAUGUUAGGAGUGAACACGCUAGUCCUCGUGGGUGAUCCAAAUCAAUUACCAGCAACGGUAUUAUCUCAGCAAGCAAAAAAGUUUGGCUUGGACCAAUCUCUCUUCUCGCGAAUACAAAAUGCUCUGGAGGAUACAGCUAACAAUCCCGUAAUUAUGCUCGAUACACAGUACAGAAUGGCCUACCCUAUUGCGUAUUGGCCAAACAAAUUCUUUUAUGGAGGAAAUUUGAAAAAUGCUAUUGACAGACCAAUAGCCUUUCCUUUCCAAUCGUACAGAGUAUUAAACCUUGAUUCUAAUCAAAAUAAUGAUAAAUUCUCGAAUACAAGAGAAGCUGACUUUGUUUCAAACAUGAUUUUUGUUAUGCUCACGAAUUCAAAGUUAAUUAAAUGGGAGUCGCCUAUAUCGAUAGGCAUUAUCACACCUUACAACAGCCAGAAGUUUCUGAUUCAAACAAAAGUAAAUGAGAGGAUAUCUGAGAUACCAGAGAGCACGAAGAAGAAGGUUAAUAUCGAAAUAAAUACUGUUGACAGUUUUCAAGGCCAAGAACGUGACGUGAUAAUUAUGUCUUGCGUAAGAAGCAAUGGUAUUGGAUUUAUGUCAGAUGCUCAAAGAUUGUGCGUUGCCAUGACCAGAGCCAAGCACAGCCUUAUACUAUGUGGUAACUUUGCCACGUUUCAGAGGGAUCAAAUGUGGUGUGCUCUGCUGUCAGAUGCCAGAUCACGUGGUGUUUUCAUACACAUACGUGCCAAUGCGUCUUUCGAUGAAAUUAUGACGCACGUUGUAGCGUAACUGAAGUUUCAAAAAGUCUUUUGAGAAUCCAAAGCGUCAUGUGGAAUGUUUUAUACACAAUGUCAGCCCUUGAUAUUCUAGAUAUUAAUGAAAAAUCCAUUUUUUUUUUUUUUUUUAUAAAAUACUGUAUAAAAAUUAUUAUUUACACUCGUUAUGGCAGUGAUUGUAAAAUAGAGAUUAAAGCUUUUUUAAUGCUGUAUUCACCUUAUAAUCGGAUUCACGGC